UUUGAUUUAUCCUUUUAGUUAACUCGAAACGAACGGCUGUGAAGAAACAUUUUUCGCCGCUACUCCCCAUUCUUCCACUGCUAUUGUCGAAAGGUAAGAACUAACAACCCAUUUAUGCUACUUCCUCAAUGACUUCACCUCUUUCGUUCUGAAUUCCUCAUAAUGAUUCACACUUUAUCCCCUAAAUGUUCUCUUCCUUUGACUUCUUCUACUGUCACUCAUUUCAAUUUCAAUAGGAGAAGAAAACCCAAGCUAGGUUUUGUUUUUUCCAUUUCUCAAAACACUACUACUACUACAAAUCUAGGUGUUUUUCAAUUAGGUUUUCCUGAUUUUAAAUUUGAUGCAUUUUUUAAACCUAACAAGAGUCAUGUUAGAGAUUUAGCUCCACCUUUAACGUGGAAAUUGAGUGAAGUCAAUAUUGAAACUGAACUGGAUGAGGAGAAGAAUGUUUCUAAUGAUGGCAUAAACACUUUGGAUUCGAAGAGUUCGGAUCGAGUUCAGGAGAGUUAUGAUGAGCGAAAAUCAAACAGUGAUGAUGAUAAUGACGAGGACGAUGAAAAAGAAGAGUAUGAUGGUAAGAUUGAUGUUAGAGAGCUUGCUAUUAGUUUGCAGAGUGCUAAGACUGUGGAGGAUGUUGAGGAGGUUCUUAAGGACAAGGGUGAUUUGCCUCUUAAAGUGUAUUCGACGGUGAUUCGAUGGUUUGGUAGAGAAAAGAGAAUGAAAUCCGCGAUGAUUCUUUUUGAUUGGAUGAAGAAGAGAAAGAUAGAGACUAAUGGCUCUUUUUCGCCUAACCUUUUCACUUAUAAUUGUCUAUUAGGUGUAGUUAAGCAGUGUGAGAAAUAUGCGGAAACGGAAGGUAUUUUGAACGAAAUGGUUCGAGAUGGUGUUGGAUUUAAUGUUGUGACAUAUAAUGUGUUGAUGGCGAUUUAUAUUGAGAAAGGAGAAGGUGAAAAAGCUCUUGAUAUGUUCGAGGAAAUCCGUAGAAAUGGGCUUACUCCGUCUUCGGCGUCAUAUUCUCAGGCUGUGUUGGCGUAUCGGAAAAUGGAAGAUGGUAAUGGAGCUUUGAGUUUCUUUGUUCAGUUUAGAGAAAAGUAUCGACUAGGUGAAAUAGGAAAAGACGAUGACGGUGAAGAUUGGGAGAAAGAAUUCAAGAAGCUUGAGAGGCUUACAGUACGUGUUUGCUAUCAGAUAAUGCGACUUUGGCUUGUCAGUUCUGAGAAUAAGAGCAGUUAUGUGUUGAGGUUUCUUGUUAGUAUGGAUAAUGCUGGGAUUCCACUGAAGCGUGCGGAACUUGAGCGACUCGUGUGGGCUUGUACUCGCGAAGAUCACUAUAUUGUUGUGAAAGAGCUGUACAUUCGGAUAAGAGAACGGUAUGAUGAGAUCAGAGUGUCGGUCUGCAACCAUACAAUUUGGUUGAUGGGGAAAACCAAGAAAUGGUGGGCAGCUUUGGAGGUUUAUGAAGAUUUAUUGGACAAAGGGCCAAAGCCGAAUGACUUGUCAUAUGAACUCAUAAUGUCUAAUUUCAGAGUUCUUCUUAGUGCAGUCCAGAGAAAGGGUAUUUGGAAAUGGGGUGUCAAGUUGUUAAACAAGAUGGAAGAAAAAGGCUUAAAACCUGGAAGUAAUGAAUGGAAUGCAGUUCUUAUCGCCUGUUCGAGGGCUUCAAAAACGUCAGCAGCUGUGCAAAUAUUUAAAAGAAUGGUAGAAAAUGGCCAAAAACCAACUAGAAUUUCAUACGGGGCUUUAUUGAGUGCACUUGAAAAAGGAAAACUAUACGAUGAAGCCUUCCGAGUGUGGGACCAUAUGCUCAAGGUUGGCAUUCAGCCAGAUGCGUAUUCCUACACAGUCAUGGCUUCAAUUUACACUGCACAAGGAAAUUUUAGUAGAGUUGACGCCAUAAUUCAGGAGAUGCUAACGUUAGGAAUCGAAGUAACAGUAGUGACAUACAAUGCUAUAAUCAGCAGAUCUGUGCGGAAUGGCAUGAGUAGGGCAGCUUAUGAAUGGUUUCAUCGAAUGAAAGUUCAGAACAUCACUGCUGAUAAUGAAACUUAUGAAAUGCUGAUUGAAGCCCUUGCAAACGAUGGAAAGCCAAGGCUUGCAUAUGAGUUAUAUUUGAGAGCUCAGAAUGAAGGCCUCAGUCUAUCUUUCAAAGCUUAUGAUGCUGUGUUGCAAUCCGCCAAAGCUCAUGGUGCCACCAUUGAUGUAGGUUUUUUAGGACCUCCUCCUGCAGAUAAAAAGACUAGAGUAAAAGUUGGAAAAAGCAUCAAUCUGUCUCAUGUUCCCAGGAGAAAUAAACCAUUUGACAGAAGAAAACUUUAUCUGAAAUGAAGUUGCUGCAGUAACUACGUCGUACAGAUUGUAAUCUCGGCCGUCUGAUCUAAGUCAAUGGCAGAGAAUGUUCAAAACUGAUUUUAUUAUUGUGUUAUCUGGACAGUCCGAUCGCAACUUAUCAGCCAAGAUUGGUUAUUGUGUAAACGAAUGCUUCCUUUACAGCAGGGAAUCUGAACUUCAUCACAGCCAUGAAAAAGUUCUGAAGUUUUAGCACAUUGAAAUUAGCAUAGUCAAAUCUUUUGUAACCUUUGUACAUUUUUUGUAUCCUUAGCUAAGGCAAAAGAAUCACACUCAUGUUUACUUCCAUUUUCAUCAGAAAAAUAGAGAUGUAACACUUUUUUGGGGAAUUAUUAUUGAAAUUUUGACUUGCAUGCAUGAAAAAACGUGGAAGCUGGUCCUUUUAA